AUGGACGCCCUCCUUGAGCUUGGGCUGCCUGGCGAUGCUCGCGGCCGCAACAACAUUGCCUGCCACUCCGUCGACGACCUCCAAAGCCAUUUCGACGGCAAGAUCCGGGCAAAAUGCUCAGAAUGGCGCGCCGAGCACGUCUCGGUCACGCGCGAGUUUCAGUACCACGCCAUGUUCAACCUCAGCGCAAACGCCGACGACGCGACACACGACCCGGUCAUGUUGCUACAGAACGACGGCGCGACAAGGAGGGUUACUGCGGCAGAGGCGAUCGAGAAGCAGCCCUCUGAUGACCCGGAGCUGCAGAAGGCGAUCGCGAAGCACAUCAUUGGCCGGAUCGGUGCCGUGGACGGCACCUCCUGGGUUGCGCGGGAAGUUGGGCGGGCAUCGCAAGGCUGGACUUUUACAUACAUAUGCAAGGAGUCUUUGCAGGCAUGGACGCGCGCGACCUCGAAGACGCCCAGCAAGUUUGCGAUAGGCGAAUGGAGUGGCCCUGGAGGGCUUGAUAGCGUCAAUGCCGUACGCCCGGCUUUCGAUUGUCGCGGCACUCUAUCGAUCGCCUUCUCGAAAGCUAGUCGUGCGAUUGUGGUCAAGUACGAGCACACACCACUACAUAAGACCGUCGCUCAACUUAUGGAUCUGCUCGCGCCGGCAACGAUUCCACCAGUCUCCGCUAAGACCGGAGCUGCAAAUGCGCACCGAACACCGAAGGCGAAGCGACCUCCUCUAGCCGAGGGCGUGGAGAGCACACAGAAGAAGAGGAAACGACCGGCACCAAGUGCGGGAGAAGAAGGGUUAGAAGGGGAAGAGCCGCCUGCACGCAAGAAGAAGCCACGGAAGUCAAAAGUCAAACCGUUGGACUCACAAGCAACUAGCGAGGCGACACCAGCAUCACAAGCCGCCGCAGCCACUCAAGAUGCACAUGCAGGUCCAGCGGCAAUCACGACGACUACGGCACCGGCGACGGCGAUGGCGAUGGCGACGACUUCGCCGCCUGCUCCUAGCUUCACACCGCUCAAUGUGCCUCCGGCUGAGGCAGAGCGGCGCAGGGAAGCUGCGAUUCGGCUUUUGGCAGGCAAAGGCAUCAACCCGUCCACAUUGUCAAAUGAGCAGCUCAACAUUUUCGCAAACCAGGCUCCUUCACUACAAGAGACGUCUUUGGAAAUGUUCGCCAUGUAUGGAGCUGAACGUUUGCGAAUCGUUCACCCGAACGACGCCGCGGAUAAUAACUCUGCAAGUCCAGCUCCGGCAGGUGCCGCACCCAUCCCUGCAGCGAACAUUGACCCCAGCCUGUCGGGUCCUCAAGCUGCCCCAGAAGAUGGCGGCAGUACCAAGGUCUCUAUUGGAGACGGGGCCGUUGUUGAUGUCGAAGAGAAUGGAGUGGUGGGCACAACGACAUCGACACUGAAGCCCUCAGGCAUUAGGAUGACUCGGGGAGCAUGUGACAACUGCAAGAGACGAAAAGUCAAAUGUACGGAGGAGAGGCCAGAAUGCAGCAAUUGCGUGUUGACACCGGGCGAACAGUGCUUCUAUGCUCCAGCCAAGCCUCGCCGCAAGUCAGAAAAGACUCUGGCAGAAGCCCAUUCUGAUCAAGAGGCGGAGAUGGAGCCAGAUCAAGCCGCGAAUGGUUCUUCAGUAGGAGCUAACGCUCACGCGACCGGCUUGAACUCUCAUGACCAGCAACACAAUAACAUGACUGCUGUCCCGCAGCCCCAAGCGGCAAUGGACCGCCUCGCUUUUCCGCAGCAGCCACUUCCCGAGUUCACCACCGCUCUGGAUGCCGUCCAGCAGGCCUUGGGCACCCCGCGCCAGACGGCCCAGGAGCUCGACAGAAAGGCACUCCGACAAACAUGGAGGCUGUGCCACCACGUCAAGCUUCAGUUUUCGCAAAGCAGUCCGCACAUGACACCGUCACCCACCAUGCUUGCGCAGCAGAUAGGGAGCAGACCGAGAUCGAGAAAGCCUGCUUCUACCGCAGCCAUUCCCAGUCCAGCAGCUCCGCCACAGCAGUCUGCAAACUCUCAAGCCUCUGCGGCGAGGCAGCCCGGCGCCGUGACCAACAGCACUCAAUACCGAACCAGCCCUAAUCCAAUGCCUGCGGAGCCUACCAGAUCACAAGGACCGGGGUCUUCGAAUUCACAUCGCGGAUCAUCGCAGUCGGUGUACGGAACAACACAUCAGGCCACCGGCUCACAGGCAUACCCAAGCACCUCAAACACAUUAGGCACAGCGACGCAGGACAACUACCAACGAUAUAACGAGGCGAGGACCGAAAACCAUACGUCCUCUUGGAAACCACAGAAUUCUGGCAAUGGGGCUCACCAGCCCACUGCAUAUGGCAACAAGCCGAAAGCAACGAAACAAACACCGCCCACGAGCUUAUCGCUACCUUCAUAUGCGAGUGCACAGGCAGACCCAUACUCGAAAAGCCCCAGUACUACCACUAGUGCGGCUGCAGCGACCCGGACAUAUGUAAGCCGUGACCGCAAUAACAGCCAGCCUGCGAACAACCGAUGGACGGCACAACAGUCGUCAGCAUCACAAGCCCAUACAUCAUACAACUACGGUCUGCCAAGUAACGAGACAUCGACUGCCUAUGGGGUCGACAAUAUGAUGCCAGAGGGCAACUCCGGCAUCAGCAAUACCUACAAUUCGAAUCAGUCGACCUAUGGCAGCUACGGCAACCAACAGAUGGCAAACGCGAACGACAACCACUCACAACAAAACUGGUAUGGCAUGACUUCGGGUAACAAUCGCACUUCGACUGCUUAUGGGACGAGCUCGACGAACGCCAACUCGGUGCCGACAUACCAGGGAAACACACAGCGGUCUAGCAAUGUGUCUGGCUACAGCGGCCACGUCUAUGACCAGACGAGCGAUCAGAGCAUUUAUGAUUUGUUCCAGAACAACCGUCAGCAUUGA